AUAAAACUUAACCUCCUACAGGGCGCAUGAUGUUCACUUUCAAAUUCGUUUACGUAUUCAUUUUAGUUUUGUUUUAUGGAUAUGAUUGCCAGAGAAGGAUAAAGGAUGGAGACGUUGUUGGAAAAAAUAAAGCUUACGUGGUGUACUUCCUCAAAGCGGCUGUAUCGCCACGAUACUAUGAAGGAUGGUUGUGUGGAGGGGCACUUGUAUCUCCAGAGUUCAUAGUGACGUCAGCAGCUUGCGUCACUGAUGUUAACCAUCUCUAUGCUAUUGCGGGUUAUAACAAAUAUGUGAGGGAUACAGAAAUAAAUAAUGAUCCCUGUACGAAAGAAAAGAAAAAGAAAGUUAUAUUGACUUGUGUGCCUAAAGCUUACGAAUUAAAAUAUGAAGAGAUAGAAAAGUGGUCGUACAUUGAUAUAGCAGUUGUGAAAGUGGAAUCUCCAUACGACUUUGCGGACAAAACAUUUGAGGAAAAGUGUUCUUACAUACCUGCGCCUAUAAUAAUUAAUUAUGAAAUGAAAUACCAAGAGCCAGGUGUCGAUGCUAUUGUCUUGGGAUGGGGUCAUCGAGCAAAGUGGCGACAGCAAUUAGACCCAAAAGACUACAAUCAAGAAAAGUUGAAUUAUGCGCCAACAUUGAUACAAAAUAAAGAAGAUUGUAAAAAAGAGUACGAAGUUUAUAAAGGAAUGGAUCAAAUAAUAGACAAUUAUAUGAUUUGUACUUUCGAAAAAGGAAAUAUAAAUGAUGCGGGUGAGACUAUUGUCAAAUCACCACCUACAGCACAGGGAUGUAUGGCUAAGUCGUCGAGGCUUCGUGGGUAUGAAGGUGCUUCAUGUGAAAGUGCUAAUCCUCCAGACCAAGAAAUGCUGUUAGUAGAAAAUACAAGGAAAGACAAUGUACUUCUGAAAAAUAUAACAGCUAAUGUAAAAGUAAAUCUCAAACCAGAAGUCCAUGAUAAAAUUGUGAAUGCUUCGAGAGUAGAAAAGGAUUCAUUAAAUGUUUCAAAUUCAAGAAGAAUGAAUACUAGGAGGCACGGGAUUUGUCAGAAUGAUCACGGCGGACCUCUGGUGACCUGGGUGGGGUCUCACGAAGUGCUUAUUGGCGUUGCAUCAGUUUUUAAGAUCACAGAGGAUCUUGAUUGCAUAGGGCCGUAUUUAUUUACCAGUACUCAAUGUAAUGGAGCGUUCCUCGAUUGUAUACUGCGAUCUGACUCAAACGUAACGCCGCAAAUGAGACGAGUAAUUUGCAAUAAUAUUACUAACAAUGGAUUCAAGUUAAUCGAAAGACACAUUUCAUGGAAAAAUCACCCUGAUGGGCCUGCAGAAAACGAACUAUAUGACAUCCAUGCACCAACGAUAACAAAAAGUUCCUUAAUAAAUCUAAUCAAAUCUAACAAAUCAGAAAACCAUAAAAAUAAUGACACAGAUAUUUAUAAUGUAACAAAAUUCAUUGAAGACAGCCUUGUUACAAACCUUAAUCCUAUAACCAAGAUGGUUGAAAUUACAACGACAAACUUACCAACGACGAAUCCAAAUAACGCUACAUCUCCAAGCACUCUUUUACCAACAACUGUUGAUAAAAAUGUUACCAUGACAACCACAGACAAGAAAAUUAAUAGUACGGAAACUACAAUUUCGAUAAAGGUUACCACAACAGUCCCACAGAAGCUUGCAACAAAAUAAUUGUGUUAAGUUAUGUUACAUGAUAAUUAUAAUAAAAAAAUAUUGUAAUACAGAACCUAAUAU